AUGAGAUCCAUUAUCGCCAUAGAUUGCUCUGGAGUGGCAAGAGAUGAUAAGAUCGCCAUGCAGUUGCCUAGUGCAAACCAUCGGAAGUCCAUCAUGGCCGGGCCCACAUUUCCCAGGAAGUAGCCGCCACGUGUCGGCAUAAAGUCAAAUACCCAGUCGGGGAUCGAAUCAGGAAUCACAUUGAAUUUGUUAACUGCUGUGUGGGAGUACUCCUCAGUCUUAUAACGAUAGAUGUCGUUCAGCUGCUGGAAGUCGAUCCAGAAGUAACUUCGCAUGUGAUAGCUCAAGGCAUGUAGGCGUUUCACAAUUCGCUCGAUGAAUUCCUUACCUUCUGCAUCGUGUUUCAGCAAUGCUAGAGCAGAUCUUAGGGCCAUGAAGAAGAGGGCUUGGAUCUCGAUAGGAUAACCAUAUAUACCCUUCAAAGAUGCAUUCGUAUUACAUGCAUAUCAUAUUGUGAAUCCAAUAUGCAAAUAAAAAAGGUGAAGCUAAUUUAUUAUAACAUUCAUGUUAAUUUUGAUAAAACCCUCGAUUCACAUUACUCCAAUUUUGACAAAACAUAAUACUUUCAUGAAGUCGAAAAAUCUGAAACUGCCUAAACAUUGUAAUAUCUGACAAUUAAAAUUUUGCAGCAGUGAAUUGGUUUGCGUUAAUGGAUCCCUGUCUUGUAAAUCGUGUGAAAUGCUUGCAAAAAUAAUCCUCCAAAGGUGGAUAUCCUCGAAAUGUGGGGAGAAUUAAAACAUCCUUCGGAUAAGAAUAAAUCAAAAUACGGAAACACCCUGCACAGGUUUAAAACUCCGGGGAAGAUGAACUUUUACUUUCUAUGAAGAAGAAGCUUUCAUAAACAUGAAAAUUUAAUUCUGCCGCUUUUUCCUGAUGUGGUAAAUUUAACUACCGUUGCAUAAGAUAAUAAUAAAUCACAAAGAGUUGCGUGAGGACAUAUUUACAAUCCAACAUCAUAAUCACAAACACACACAAGAAACUCUCAUAACGCUCUGCAACCUGGCCAGCUUAGCUCGUGAAUGAUGAAGAUAUGAGAUGGAAAUAUAUGUUGACAGGACCGUCAAAUACACAAAGGCAUUGAAUAAUAGGAACUCUAGGUGACAGUUAUAAUGAUGGACUCUUAUGGAAAGAAGGUUUAUAGAGAACCUUUUCAAUUUAUAAGAUAGGAAACUAAGCGAUAUGUACAAAUCCACCGGACAUCAUUGUUUGAUCUACACGAAAGUUUCUUUUCCUUACAUUAUUCUGAUCUUCCACGAAAGUAGGGACAAAAGGUUCGAUUAUAAUUUUCAGAUGCUUCAAACAAUCACAAACAACCAAAUAUACAUAAGGCAAACAAUGACGACAGAUUGACAAACAAAACCACAAGUUUUCAUUAUGCUCUAAAACGAGAAUUUUUUUUCUCAGUAAUGGAUUGAAUAAAACUGAACCUCAACAGAAACAAGUGGUACACCUCAACAAAAGACAAGGUAUGUCUGUCAUGGUCGUCGAUUUCGACCUUUACUUCUAAUAACUUCAAUUUAUUCAUGAGUAAGACAAGAUUGUUUCGAAGAGGUAUAUCGUUCACCAAUAAUGAAAACACGUCACCCGUCACUUAUUCUCGGCUGUCCCUGUUAUAAAAGAGAAUUGAAACUCACCAGAAAGAGUAAACAAUUGUCUAAAUUAAGUGACCGUGAUGAUGUUAUGCACUCUUCCGAGAGGAUAUAUUUUAGUGAAGUCGUCUAUAUUAAGUGAAAAUUAACCUUUAAUAAAAUAUCUGGAUAAAGAGUGAUAACAUUGGGAUACAGGACGGAGACAAGUUAACAGUUACAACUGAUCAAAAAGAUACGGCAAAGGUCAAGAAAUUCACGAUUUCAGGACUUCACACCUUAUCGUCGGUUGAAAAGCAUAAUGAAUGCUCAUGGCGUGCUCAACACAGAUAUAAACCAGAAAACAACAUGGAAGUCAACAGCAUAUGUAUAAGGUUGUGGAGUCCUGGCCAAGACAAUUUUUUGAAUGUGUACCGUUGAACAUAGAUAAGAACAUUAAAAAAACCGUAAAGUAGUAGAUUGGAUUAGAUAUCAUGGGAAACAUACCAUUCUUCGAUCAAUCAUACAGCAACCAUCAGCACAGAGUAAGGUAGGAAAUGUGUCAAAACCCUCUGACAAGCACAGAGAUAGUAUGAGCCUGAUUCCCUUUUGACAGUCAGGCGUAUCCGCCAACGACAUAUCACCCGUCGAUUUUGUAUAUGCACGAAGAAGGAUGAUCCACCAAAACCCAGAGUCCACAGGAGCUACUCUUCCAAUUGCGCUUUCUCCAAAAUCCGCAAUUAGUGUGUCGGUUUUUCUGACUGGAUCAUGCAAAACCUUGAAACUGGCAGGCAUGACUCCUUCCCCAAGCUUGAAACGAUCAACUUUCUUCUCCCACCCUUGAAGGUGAAGAGUUUUGAGUAGGAAAUUUUUAACUAUGUCAGGCUCACCAUUCAUUAGAAAAGCGAGUGCACUUGGUACGAAAUCUCGGACGAAGACCUGCCUCAUAUAUAAUCGCCAUCAGUGAUGGCAAGAGGUUGAAAAUAGUUUCUACAGAGGUUUUAUACGACGAAAGAGUAGUGGGGUACCUGAUCGUAAUUCAAGACCUCCUCUGAUGCAUGAUCAUAAGCAGCAAUGGUUCCCACUGGCUGUCCCCGGAAGUGCACGACGGACCUUGUGAGGGCUUCCCAAGCAUCAGCCACCAUGGGAUGGGGCUCAAAGGAGCACCGGGCGGAAGAAGCCGGGGUGUCAAACCCCGACCGCAUUGCCGUUCUCGGAGAGUAG